AUGUCGUGCGAGCAGCGUCGCUGCAAAUGGCGUUGCGGUGUCACCGGGGCCAUGCUCGUCGGCCUGCCCCUGUCGCUGCUGGGGCUUGCCACGUUUCUGGGCCGCCGGGGCACGGCCUCCGCGCCAGGGCUCUGCUCGACGACAGCCUGCCGCAGCGCCGCAAUGGCGCUCAACAUCUCGCUGAGCCACAGCAUCGGGCCCUGCCAGGACUUAGAGCACUUCGUUUGCGACGGCUGGCCGCACAUCGAGAGAGCUGGCGCACGUGUAAAACUCAUUAUGAACUACGCCUGGUCUGCGUACCGGGUGCCGAAACGGAGCCAGUCGGCUGUGGACAAGGUCGUGGCUCUCUACCAGAGCUGCGUGGCCUCGCUGUCGCCCGGUGGCGGUGAGCGCAGCACGCUACGUGCAUUCAUCGUGCAGCUGGGCCUUGGACCCGCCAACGCGAGCAUGGGCAGCGCUUUUCGAGCACUACUGCGGCUGUCUACUCGCCACGCGAUGUACUUGCUUCUAGCAGUGCAGUACAACGUGCACAACGCAAGCGCCGGGGUCACGGUGCGACCUGCUCAUCCACCGCCGACAAACAGCUCACCAGGUUACGUACUCCAGGUGGCCGAGAUGGCGCUGCUGGAUGACCCUGAAACCGUGGCGCACGACUUGAAGCUCAUCGAGGGAGAACUGAGAGCAGCGCCCGCCGCCCAGCACGUGACUCGCACCGUACCCCUGGAGGUGAUUGCCGAGGAGUGCGGCACGCUCAGUGACUUGCUCAUUGAGCUGCCCGGCACAAACUCGCACACGCCGGUGGACGUCGAAGGACCGAUGGCUGUGCGCUGGUACGCAAACUUCCUGCGGCGCCAUCGUGGGGAGCCUGCGCUGCGACGCUACGUGGCGUGGCACACGGCCCGUGUUUUCGGCUCGCUGACGCAGUACGACAUGUUCCGCGCCACCUUAGAAGAAAACCAGCUGGGACGGCUCGAGCCCAGUCCGAGCCUAAUCAAGACCACCUGCCUAGCACAAGCUGCAAACCUCAUGCCACUCGCCUAUAACGCCUUCGUCGUUCGCCACUUCGCCACGCAUCAUACUCGCAGAGCCGUGGAGUCGAUAGCCGACGGUUUGCGUGCGGCCGCCAUCACCAGCGUGCGCGCAUCUCACUGGAUGAGCGACAGGCCCAAGGCCAUGGCGACGCUCAAGCUGCGCAAGCUUGCCUGGAUUCUGCCACGACACCGCAGCGAGGCGCAAGUGAACCACAUCUAUGCUCGCGUCAGCGACCUCGGCCUGAAGGACUUUCUCAAGUCGUACAUCAACGUCACCGAACACAGUGGCCACAGGGACACACACGAGGCGAACCAAGCGGCCGUUGACGUCGCCUACUCGGCACAACGAAACAUCAUCACCGUAUCUGCUGGUAUACUGAACACGCCCUACUUCGAGGAUACCCUGCCGGCCGCCUUCAACUACGCUGGCCUCGGGCAGCGCAUGGCGCUCGAGCUACUGCACACGUUCGACGAGCUGGGGCGCUGGUACGAUGCGCGCGGUCGGAAAAUCAACUGGUGGGACGACGCGACGGCCGACGAGUUCCGGAACAGGCUCGAGUGUCGACACGGCGGAGGCGAGGCACUCAUGGAGAGCAGCGCACUGCGGCUCGCCUUCCAGGCAUUCCGCAGAACACACCAGCACGUGCUGCUCAAAGGUCUCGAAGUCUACACUCCGGAACAGAUUUUUUUCAUCAGCAGCUGCCACAAGUGGUGUGGGCACGAGAACAGCUACUGCAACGCGGCAGUACGCAACCUCGAAGAGUUCUCAGCUGCUUUCAAAUGCAAACCGGGCGAUCUCAUGAGUCCGCACGAGCGGUGCCCGCUACUUGUGUGA